AUGCAGGCAUGCUGCAUACACGCUCACAGCAAGACCUUCGUUCACCAGGUGGCCACGAAGGUUUACCUAGCUCCUGACACGCCGAUCUCACAGUGCUUGCCUUACAGCAUCAAGCAUCAGCACCUCUUCUCCGGCAACGUUCCUCAGCCGGCAGAUUGGCUGCGAGCGUGGCGGGCGUGCCGGACAGCAUCUUCUUUCAAAGGUGCCGUGAAAUUCUAUUCCACGGAAGACUUCGCUGCUGGCAGGAACACGAAGCUUGACAGUGUGAGUCUCAAGAACAUGAUUCUUGUUAUGCACUGGGCUGUCAAGAGUGUUCGCAAGCAGCGUCUCGAACAAGCCACCAGCAUCAGCUUGUCCGUGGACGACCGCAAGGAGUAUCGUUUGGUGAGGUACCGUUGCGAUGUUCCACCGCGCACUGCCAAGCAGUCAGCGGCUCCAGGCUCCCAAGGUCCCCAAGGCUCCCAAGGCUCCCAAGGCUCGGAGGAUGGCCCGCUUGUCGCCGAUGGCUUGCUUGGGGUCUACAAGACAGGUGCCAGUGUUCCUGAAAACACAUUGGAGGAGCACGAUGCGGACAAGAGUCAGGUGAUGGCAGACAGCAUAGGCAUAGUCAUUGACAGGGCCUGUCAGGAUCCGGAAGGCAAAACUGACGAGGAGUCCUGCAGCCGCUUGAAGCUGCACGUGCGGCACUUUGCAGCCGAUCAGUGCACAUCUGCCCGGAAGUGUGGAAGGUUGUUGGUCACUGGCGGCCAGUAUCCUAACCUGGUCUGGGUAAGCCAUGAUCCUGCGCACCAGGUUCGUAUUGCCUACCAGGACCCUCUUCACGCCAUGCCCGAGUUCCAAGACCAGUGGGAGCGUUUGUUUGCUCCCGGCAAGGGCAAGCAUGCGCUUAUCCCGGACAUCCAGAACUCAGAAGUCUGGAAGGCCAGGCUCAUGGCGGCCCAGCAAGAGGUUCUCAGGCUCCAUGGCUCCCAGGCUGGUGUGGAGAAGGUGAUCCGAGCGUUGUCGUUCUCCCAACCUCGGUUUGACUCGUCGGCCACACCAAUGCUGAAGUACUUGUGCAUGAUUCGUGCGAUGGCGGUCUUAUGUGCUAUGCAGGCUGCUGACGAGAGAAACACGGUCGAGAUUCGCUCCCGAGCAGAGCGCGCCUUGCAAAACAUGAAUGCAGCAGCCCUCAUGCGCUGUGGACUCACUUGCGACUACACAUCUGAGUGCCUGGGUUUCUUGCGCAGGAACUUUGACAUUGAGGAUCCAGAUGUAUCCUGCACCCCCAGAGUGCUGGAAGAGUUCACCAAGCGCCAGCGGUUCUUAUUUGUGGAUGGAUACAUCCUCUCCGACAGCUCGCAGGUUCCCAGUUCCGUGGACGGCUCCGAGGCUCCAGGCUCCCAGGCUCCCAGGAGGUGUGCAACCCAGUUAGUUUACGAGGAGAUCCAGACACCAGAGCCGAUCUUCUAUGGCAACAGAGUCCACUACCUGUGCACGAAGGCCGGCAUUUCUGAUGUAAGGCAGAUCAUGGGAACUAUGGCGCACGUGGUCGAGGCGAUGCUGGAGCGUUUGCGAGUAGAUCUGACGGAGGAUGAGAUCGCCGUGGCUCUGCAGGUAUUCAACCUUCGGCUGUGGCAGGAGACGAACCGACAACAGGAGCUAGUGGACUCUACACGCAAGCUCUGUGAUAUGCUCAAGCUUUCGCACGGUUCGCUUGUGUUCCAGCGCAGGGGAGAGUGCGAAGAGUCGCUCGGGCACCCUGGCCUGUCCGACACCUUUUGGACAUUUGCAAAGACUGUCCAGCUGCUCAAGGUCGAAAAAGUCCAGGAUGGUGAGGAACAGAACUUGAGGUACAACAACACCUUGUACAACAAGGCCGUACACCAGGCUGCCACAGCAGCUGUUGCAGUGCUGCGGGGUCCAUCCGGUCCCGUGGAGAAGGCUGCCCGGAGAUUGGAGCUGGAAUUUGGGCGGGGCAUCUUGAGCAGUCAGUACUCGAAGUUGAGCAAGCUGUUAUCGCUGACCAACAAGCUCGCAUCUGCUACCAGAAACGCUGUAGACCUGACGGCCUGGAUGAUCGACUCCUUGACGCUGGCCCUGCGCAUGAACAUGGUCACGCCAGCUAAAUGCACCGAGAAGUUUCUGGAUCGAGACCGGAAGACAGGCGAUGCUGGCUUUUGGUUGUCGCGCAUGCUGGUGGUGCAGGUCUUCGAUUAUGCAGCAAAGCUGGCGAAAAAGUUGCCUGAGCCGGACAAGGUUAAGCUGACAGGGAUUUUGGCUGAACUCCGUUGCCCUUCCACAUGUUGGGAGAAAUAUCUCUGCCAUGCUGAUGCUGAUCAAGGGGCUGCUGGAGAGGACGACAUGGACGGCGAGGACCCAGAGGACGUGGAGCGCCCUGUUCCGCAGUCCAAGAUUGGAGCUGUUAAAGAGGGUUUCAACAAAGCCAUUGGCAUGCUUUUGGAUUUGCUGCUGGAGCUGAUGUCGGGGAAGUACUACAAGGAUUGCUGCAUGCUGGCUUCGAGUGAAGAUGGCCUUGCAAAGGCAUUGACAGCUGCACAGCUUGGAAGCUCGGAUGACACGGAGCACGAGGAGCCAUGUGCGCGUAUCACUCAGAUGAAGAUCAUUGUCGACAAGUUCGACAACAGCACGAAGUCCGUUGGUGCCACAUCUGCGGCUCCUGCUCCGAGUUUGCUCCAAAGCCUGGCCAAGGCGGUGCAAACGGAACGCCGCAAGUUCGUGUCGUUCUCGGUACCGAACAAGAUCUCGAAGGACUGCCUAGUCAAGGCGUUCAGAGGUUGCGGCAAGGUCUUCACGCACAAGGGCACCUUAAACUCUUCGCACCGCCUGAUCGUUGCCAGUGCGGAUCUCUUGGCAGAGGCUGGUACCGACCCGUGGCUCAAGGGCACUCCGCAAAGCGAGGAAUGGAAAGAGAUCUGUGCCUUUGCCAAAGACAUUUCUGGGCCCGAGGAUUUCGUUGUACUCUUCGACGGCAGAAUGCGGGAAAUUCGCCGCGUGUCCGAAGACCUCCUGCUGAACCAGCAGCACACCGAGGAGUGCACCAUCGUGUACUCAGGUGGGUGCCCGCCGAGAACGGGUCGCACUCGCCGCGUUCCGCUGGCUGCAAAGAAGGUGGAGACAGGAGCGGUUAAGUUCCCGGUCGCACGCACCAAGAUUCAGACGACGAAGAAAGGCUCCUUCACAGUCUGCGGCGAGGCUUCUACGUACCAAGGCACUUACUCAGGCGUGGAGUACCGUGCGGUUUCUGAAAUGCCCCGCGUGUCUGCAGACACCAAGAAGAAGAUCAUUGCUCCGGCAACAACCGGCGACCUCCCGACACCGCCAGAGGACUGGCAGGAUCGCCACGGCUCCGACGUACCCUUGUUCUGGAACGAGUCGAAGCCGAUAGCAUAUUGGAAUGCCAUCAUUGAGGAGUUUUGCGCGGAGGCAGUGUUUGACCUCACGGCUGGCACCGGUGCUCUGAUGGAGGCUUCUUUGACUGCCGGCAUCGCAUACCACGGGCUUUGCAGCCUCAACAAGGAGCCCAUGUCGUGGGUCCAGGCGGUUGCUGAUCGCGCAGCUUGCGGAAUGAUGGCUUUGGAGGGAUCCACUCUUUACUCGGACGAGAAUGCCAAGGCGGUGAAGAAGCAUUUCCCGCACGUUCUGGAGAGCUUGUCCAACCAAGACGACCAGGACGAGGCCUACCAGACGCCUCUGGGGCAAAACCAGUCUCAAGACGGCUUCUCGUCGGAUGCCCCGGGGAGCUUGCGGAAGCAGGCUGUGAAAGACGGCUUGGUCCCCAAGGCUCGAAGGGCCUUCGUCAUCUGGUUCCAGGAAAACUCCGAAGUCAAGAAAGGCGCUCCCAAGCACGAGUUUCUCAAUGAGAUGAAGCAUCUUGGCGCAGUCUGGCAGGGCAUGACCGACAAGCAGAAGGCACCAUUCAUGGCGAGGAGCAAAGAUGAGUUCAUGGCUCAGCGAAGUGCACUGGCCGUUCUUGGCAUCAGGAUGCGGGGCUCCACGACCAGUGCGGGCGGCCCCGACGAGGCGAAGGACCCCCCUGCCGCUGACGAAUCUGGCGGUCGCGUUGGCCCAUUUGAGCUUAAUUGUGCAAGGGCUCCAAUUGGAGGCGGAGCCUAUGGCAGUGUCUACAGUUGCCAGCAUCCGCAAAGCGGCCUUAACGUGGCGGUGAAGGUUUAUCGUGGCCCCGAUGGCCCCGCGGAUUGCAGGCACGAAGUGGAGCAGAUGAAGCUUCUAAUGAAGGCCGUUCCGCAGCAGAAGAUGAUGUGGUUCCCGCUUCUUGUCAGCUCGGGUGUCACGGGCAGACCUUGGCCAUGGAUGGCUACUAGCCUAUGUGGGCCCAGCCUGGCAACCGCACUUCGAAAUCCUGCGGCGCAUGGCAAGCCGAGGACGUGGUCUGUGGCAGCUCAGCUGAGAAGUGCACUGCAGACCUUGCAUGACGCAGGCAUCCUACACUUGGAUGUGAAACCUGGCAAUGUUCUUUGGUGCCCUUGCACAGAUCAGGUGCAGGUGUGCGACUUCGGCAUGAGUGAGAACAUGGCACGGCUCCAGAAGGCUUCUCAGGCUCCCAGGUUCCUGCAGUAUGUCACGGCUGCCUAUCGACCUCCGGAGCUGUGGCCCGCUCGUGUGAAUGGCGAUGGAGACUGCGGUGUCAGAAAGCAGCUGCUGACUGCAGCUGUGGAUAUGUGGGCCUAUGCUUGCGUGGUGUUUGAGGUGGAGACCGGGAAUCCCUUCAUGCCCAAGGGGGAGGCCGGACUGAGAGCGUGGUGCAAGCAGUGGCCCGAGCUGUGGAAAACACGCAGCGACUUAGCCAAUUGCCCCGCUGCAAGUCACACGUGCUGCACAAAGGUGCUUCGAGCCGGUAAAUGGGGGCUGUUUGUGUUGGUCGGCUGUGCUCCAGACCCCGGAAAGCGGCGGUGGCCGGAGCUCUGUCUGAAUCAGAAAUGA